CCCAAGAAGGGCGGCCUUAUAAGACACACGGAACGCAGGGUUGAGCUCGAUCGCGAUCUGUCAUCAAUAUAUUUAAUUAAUACUUAUUUGAUUUUGUCCGGGCAUCAGAUCUCAGUGAUAGUUCCUAAUACCGACAGCGAGAGACAACAGGCAGCAACGUGGAUGUGUAUCGACCGCCCUAACUUCCCAACACACAUCCCACUCAGCUGAGGACCAGCGUGAUGGCCUCGCAAUCCGCUGCUCCACGCAUUUCGUCGGGCUCGGCGAGAUCGCAGUCGUCUGCGUCUCGAGGGGUCGUGCCCGAUAAGCAGAUCUCCCAGAUCGAAAAGAGCGUCACCCAUCUGCUCGUGGCCACCAAGCAGCUCCUCGAAACCCUGACCCAAUGGUCACGCAAACAGGCAUCGGAGACCGAGGUCUCGGAUGUCUACGUGCGCCUCGGAUACGAGUUCAACCUCGCCUGCCGCGCGUUCAACGCCAUUGGAGUUGAUACCUCUGACCUUGGCCCCGUACCGGAUCUGCUGCGCACCAUCCUCGAAGACACCCUCAGCCAGGACGCCUCACCGCAGAGCCUCGACCGCUAUUUGCCUCGUAUCCGUGACAUCAUCAUAAACCUCCUCCAGGGUCUCAAGAAGAAGCAGGCCCGCCUGCGCUCCCGUCAGCAGAGAGAUGACACUAGACCGGGGUCAGGCCGACAGGCAAGCGCGGGAAGCAUCUCGAGCACGCAGGUCGGGGUAAAUCAGGCAUAUGAGGAGGCCGCGGCCACUGUAACUUCGCCGCGCCGCCAACCGGGGCGUCGCUUCGGGAGCAAUGGCUCGCUCGAGGAUCCGGCCGUCCCCCCUCGAACCUCCUCUGCAAACCCAUCGGUUGAUCCUCGUGGAGCGAGCUUCUCGGAACGGGAAGCUUCCCGGCGAGAUGUCCACAGUCCGGCCCCCGGCUCGCAUCCACCAUAUCCAGAAAACGGCUCGCCGUCGACUACAACAAAACAAAUGCCGAUGCCUACCUAUCCGACCCCUCAUCCUCCACCGCCUCCACCGCCGAAAGAAGACGAUGCCUUGGGGGCUCUCCAGCGAAGCGGUGAGCUCGAGCGCCGAGCCUCGAGGAGGUUCUCUGCCUAUCAAAUCCAAAAGCAUCUGGGCGCCUCGACAAAUGGUGUUCCGGUUCUCCCGUCUCAGAAUUCGCCUGUGCCUAAUCGAGGAAGAGACGUCCGUGAGUCAUUGAAUGCGGUUCGGCUACGGGGCUCUGUUGUCCAUGGGAGACAGAAGUCCGUGAGUCGAUUGCAUGAAUCAAUUUCGUCCAAAACCACCUCGGUUCAAGUGCCUCCAAGGAUUCCGGACGACGACGAAGAAGAAGGAAGCGCUCGCGCCCGAAUCCGCGUUGACCCUCCCAAUGAGCUUCCGGUAGACAGCUCCCCGACAGCCAAAACCCCUGAGGACAAGCUUCGUCAGCCCUUAGAGAACGAGGCGCGAGACGAACCGAUCAUUGGCGCGAGUCAGCCAACUUUACCGCGCCCUGUCGAAGAGCCUGCGCUCGCAGAACCCUUCGAGCCGGUCAAGGCAAAUGGCCCUGAUGGGAGAAUGGGCCCAGGGACUCCCAAGACACAACGUCAAGCCUCCAUUGGGGUCGCCUCCACGCCGCCGCAGUCAUCACAGUAUUCCAUUGAGCAGCCGUCUCCUGGGAAGGAGAUGACUCUCUUCUUACAGUAUAAGACUAAGAUCAAGAAAUAUAUUCUUCCAGAAGGCCCAGUGGGCCUUACUAUCGGGAGAAUCCAGUUAGCCUUCAUUGAAAAAUUCGCCUGGAAUGUUCACAACAACGGGCUCGAUCUGCCGGAGAUAUACAUCCAAGACCCCAUUUCCGGCAUCCGACAUGAACUUGAGGAUCUGAAUGAUGUCAAGGAUCGCUCUGUGCUGGUCCUAAAUGUGGACACAUUGGAUGAGGUUAAACGACAUUUCGACGAGAGCUUAGGCGGUGUGCGCCGCUUGAUUGAAGGCGUGAAAGGCAGCCUCGAUGGACAAGAGAGUAUUAUCCAGCGUGUCUCCGACCGUCAGUUAGAGGCAGCAAAGGAGAUGGCUCGCCUCGCCGCUGCUCGGCCAGUGCCCAUGCCCAUCCCCAAAUCUACUCAAUCCGGGGAGGCUCCAGCUGCGUCCUUAUCCGGAAGCAGCAGCCAGAUCGCCGAGCUCCAGAGCCUGCGUCGCGAUCUUGCCGUGCUCCGCCAGACCUACGCCACCUUUACAUCCGACAUUGCUACGUCUAUGAAUGCGGUUCGCGCCAAGGCCAGCAACAUCAAGAGCGCAGCUGCAGAUGUCGUCGUGCCUUCGUUCGAAGGGGAUGCGGGCCGCGCACGUGUUAACUCUGGCAAGAAGGACCUGGCAGACGAGUCCGAACGGCUUGUGGCUCGUGUGGACGACCUUCAGGACCUGGUCGAGGACCUCCGUAAGGACGUUGUCACGCGAGGUGUGCGACCCCUGCCAAGACAGCUGGAAGCGGUCAGCAAGGACAUUGCCGCCGCCAACCGUGAGAUCAAGAAAAUGAAAGACUUCUUGAAACGCGAGAAGCCCGUGUGGACCAAGAUCUGGGAGAAGGAGUUGCAGCUCGUCUGUGAGGAGCGUGACCAGCUGACAAUGCAGGAAGACCUUGCCGCCGAUCUCGAAGACGACCUGGACAAGGCUGCUCAGACGUUUGCCCUGGUCGAGCAGGCAACAAAGCAGCAGUCAAUGACGAACGAAAGUGGCAGCAGCGGGCCAGUUCUCCGCAGCACAUCCCGGAACCUGGUGAUCGAGCCGGCGGUUGAUCCCAUGAAAGCCAAGGACAGUCUCCUGGGUGAGGUGCGAGCUUUGCAGCCGAACCACGAAUCCCGUGUUGAAGCUAUCGAGCGGGCAGAGAAGGCACGACAGAAAGAACUCGAGAGUCGACGGGUCGAGCCUUUCCUGAGAGAACUUGGCUCUUUCGUCAGGGAAGGAAAGCUGAAGAAGAGCGGCGGGGUAGAAGAAGCCGAACGGCUUCGCCGCGCCAAGGACGAACGGAACCGCAAGGAAAACUGGGAAAGACAGCAGGCGAGAAAUGCUGAGAUUGAGAAAGCUGCCGCCGAAGAAGCCGCCGCCGCCGCCGAUCAGGCGACAACAGAGUCCACCGGUGAACCCGACAGUGAAUCCACACACCCCGAGUCCGCCGAAGACACCGGCAGCCAUGAGGCAGAUGAAGUCACCCCAUCCUCGGACAGAUCGCAGUCCCCAGCGAACGAGCCGGUGCAGCAGCAUCAGGAGGAGGAGGAGGAGGAGGAGGAGGAGGAGGAGGAGGAGCAAGAGACGGACCACAACCAUUCAGAGUACGAGUCUGCCAAGGAUGAGACUCCUGCAGAGUCGCCGGGUAUGUAGUUCUUAUUUCAUUGCACCGAACUACAAAUCCAUCAACCUCCCGUUCGUGCUUGAUAGGCGCCUGACAUGGAGAAAACAAAAUCAGCAUCCUCGAAAAAACGAUCGUCGUGGUUGCCCUCCAUUUUUUCCGGCUGAGACUAUCUAUAACUAUUCUCUCUCUCUCUCUCUUUGCAUGAUCAUUUCCAUCUUUCUAUCCAAUUAUAUUCACGAGCGUCGGCCAUCGACCCUUUUAUUUCUGCAUGCUAUUCGUUUAUCCCUUUGAUCCUUUCACAUUUCAUUUCCCCUUCCCUUUUGCAUCACUCCUGUUUUCCACGCGUCGCCGACGAUACCCCCGCCACAGCAGUGGCCUGUUAUGAUCAUCGUGAUGAGCAGGCGUGAUUUUGAUAGCGUAUACUAUGACUUCACUUCGCAUUGUCCCAUACCAAGAUAUGUAAUAGACG